AUGCCCUCCCGACCGGGCGCGGCUGCCGCCGCGGUUCAGUCAACGAAUGCCGCGCUUGUGGUAACCGUCUUUCAGACAAGCCUGGACAACCUGCUCCUCACGGCGACGCGGCACCGCACGAUGAGCCCGCUGCGUGACGCGGUGCAGUCCGCGCGCAUUAAGGGCUUCACUGCAGAGGACAUCUUUCAUACAUUUGUCCUCGCCUGUGACAUGCUGCACGGGAGACGGCAGCUUCGCCCGUUGCUCAUGCAGAGCCUCAGCGAUCUGGGGAAAAUGGCCUCGCUGCGAAUGUUGCCCAUGUCAUGCAGCGUCAUCCACGUCAUAUGUCGCCUCGUGCAGAAGCUGCUGGGGCGUACUCAGGGCGGGAGUCUCAACCUGUUGCAGGGCGGUCUCCGCAGCACAACGGCGUGGGGGUGGAGUAGCAGGGAUAGUCUCGCCGGCACCUUGCUCUUGGACGCGGGGGCUGCGCCGGAGGUGGCGGAGUUGCGUGAGGGGUCCAUUUCGGUGGCACCUGGCGCGGGCGACGUGGCGAUGGAUGCGCAGCCGCCGGACGAAGAGCUGCAGAUGCGCAUCCUGCAGACACUCAUGGCAUACCUCUCGGCCUGCGAACUCGGCAAUGCCGCGCUGUCGGACAUUAUUAGUGUUCUCUUCCUCAUGUACAUGCAGGCGGCACCUGGGUCCCUGGUGGAGGCGACGUGUGCAGCCACCAUCGAGGAACGCACACAGGCGCUGCUUCGCUGCCUGCGCAGCGGCGGGGACGCCAGGCAGGGCGAGGACGACAACUCAGCCUUUACGGCGCAGAUUCAGGCCGUGGCGUAUGCGAAGGAUGUGUGCGCGCUCUGCGCCGGGGCCGCGCCCAAGUGGCUCAAGUUGGACGCGCCACGCAGCAGCUCCAUCUCCACUGGGCCCGUGGACGUCCUCGCCGCACCGGUGGGGGCGCCACCACCGGCACCACGUCGACUGCGGCUUCUGCUCCUGCGCACGCUGACUGCCCACUUCGCUGAGGGUGAGCGGAUUACGUCUACACAUGAGGCCAGCGUCUUCCUCACGCAGCUCCUCAACGAGGACGUGGUGUCGGUGGUGCUGGGUCGCGUGCGAAGUCAAUCGCACUCGCAGCGUGCGCCUGGUGAGUCGAACUUAGAGCAGCCUGCGGAGCCAAACCUUGUGGACCUGGUGUCCCCCAACGACGAGCUCCCGGACGCCGAGGAGUUCGCCCUCAUGCAGCAGCUUGGGGUCGUGGCGCUGUCCAAGGCGCUGCCGGUGAUGCGGCACGCCAUGCCGGUAGUCCUGCGCCACCACGUCAUGCUUGUCAAGCUCUGCGGCGAGGAGGACGGUGGGGAGGUUGGGGAGAACGCGCGGCGCAUGGCCGUGGUGCUGACGCUGUGGCGAAAGGCCAUCGCGGAUCACGAGCUGCUGCAGCAGCUGCUCCUGCUCACCGCCUCCAGUAGUGCCUUGCUCCCAGCUGCGCUGCCAACCGCCUCGCCGCCGGGGCCAACGCCGUCGCAGCGGCACGAAACCCAACAGCAACAACAGCAGCAGCAGCAGCAGGCACGCGCGUCGGAGGAUGGCGCGGCGGCCGCGUUGCUGAAUCCUUUCACCGACCCCGAGGAUGUGGCAGCGGAGGGUGCAAGCGGCAUGCACCCCUUUGCAGACCUGGUCACCCUCACGGCGGAACUUCUCUCGGACGUCAUCAUUGCCUCGGAGGGGACACUGAACCUGGACCACCCCAAGGCAACCGCGGGGCGGCCCCGCCCCGCCACCGCGAGUGUUGUGGGCGGCGAGCACCCCUGGGGUGCCCUCUCCACCGCCUUUUCCCGCCCCUUGCAGCUGCCGAGUACACUGAGGCCGGCGCGGGAGCAGGAGGACGGCGAGGGCGCCUCACAUGGGCGGGGGCCGAAUAACGGCACGGAGACGCGCCACCCGGCGACGGCGCAGGCGGCGGACGUGCUCAGCUUCCUGACGAUGUUCACGCAGAGCUUUGCCCGGGUGGUGGAGGCGUCGCGGCUGGGAGAGGCCGUGAAUGCGCCGCAGAGUCGUACCACCGACGUCGGCGCGCGCGCGGCGGGGGUGGCCGCCCUAUUCACCUCGCUGCACGCCCCGCUCCUGCGCUGCUUUGCCCUCGCGGCGCAGCAUCUUCAGGGGGACGACGUGAUCCACAUGGUCCUCAAGGGCACCACACACCUCGUGCAGACCUCCUGCAACCUUGCCCUCCCCGUCCAGCGCGACAGCUACCUGCAGAUAUUCGUGACACGACUCUACAUGCCGCCCGAGCGGCGCCACCCGGUGGAGGGCGAAGCGACGAGAUCGCAGCAGCGGAGGCCCGUCUCAGACGAGUCGGCAUCUCCGGCGCCAUCCACCCGAUCCCCGCCGCUUGCUGGCCGUGGUCGGACGUUGCCAGGUAAGACGACGCCGGAGAUGCAGUCUGCCACCACCGCCGCCGCUCUGAAUCGCUCGCUAGAGGCACUGCAGGAGAAGCUGUACGUCCUAAACUGUGUGAUCUCCGUUGCAAAUUGCAUGGGUGCCUCCCUUGGCGAGGGGUGGCGGCCCGUGGCCUCCUGUCUGCUGCUGACGGAACCUCUCCUGAAGGAGGUUCACAGCAUGUUGGAGCAGCAGCAGCGGCAGUCGCAGUAUGAGGCCGUGGACGACAUCGCCGUGCAGGACGUCUCGCGAAAUGCAGGCCGCGUCCGUGAUGCGCUGCACCUCCUCUUUAUUCACACCGCCCUCUUGCCAGACGGGGUGGCGUUGGAGGGUAUUUUGAAGAGCUUUGUCACGGAGACCUGUCGCCGGUCUCCGUCCAGCUACCUGCCCUCACUGCGCAUGAACAGUGAGUGCUGCUCGCUGGCACUUCUGACGGUCGCGGCCUGUCGUCCAGACGUCUCGCUUGCGCAGCUGCGGCGGCUGUGGUGUACGGUAAAGGCGCUUUACCUGCACGUCUUUGACCCUGCGAAUCUUGUGGGGCUUGUCGAGGUCUGCCGUCACUCCGACCGCACGAUGGAGGCGGUGGGAGGUGUGCUAGAGCGACUCGUGGAGGAUAUAGCCGUCGUGACGGCGCAGCUCUGCCAGCGCGUCAACAGCAGCGUGGGCGAAACGAAGGCGGAGCUGCAGCAGCAAGGAGAGGAAAAGGAGGAGGCGGUGGGGUUUCGCUUUGCGGCGGGGCCGUACGCCACGGCGGGUCUCGUUACGCGGCUUGCCACCUUGCUUCCCUCGCCCACGCGAGUUCAACAGGGCCCGGUCCGCGCAGAAUCCCCUGCACACCACAUGAGUGAGGCAGAGCCAGUGGCAGAGGCAGAGCCAGAGGCAGAGGCAGAGGUAGAGGCAGGGAGAAGGGAACUGCUUGCCGCGCCCACGGAGCUCCUCGCCAUGAUUUACGGACACCUGCAGGAGUCCCAGCAACGGCAGGAGGAGCCGCAGGGGGAGACGGAGGAGUUGGCCACGCACGUUGGUGAAGCAGUCGAGGCCGUUACGCGCGGGGCCGCCCUGGUGGUGCUGAAGGAGGUGUUGAAGCUUGUCCAGGGCUUUGGAGAGGAGCUGCGCGGGGCGGCGUGGGAGCACCUGCUGCGUCUGCUGCGGCACACCGCCGCGCCGUCCGGGGCGAGGUGGAACUCCGCCCCCACCACCGCCCCUCUAGCGAGCGUGAAGCAGAGCAUCGGCAUCGCCUUCCGCGCCCUGGAGACGAUCCAGCACUCGUGCAUCACAAGUCUCGAUGACGAGGGGCUGCGGCAGCUCAUCCGCUGCGGUGGGGCGUUUAUGACGCACCACUUCCCCGGCUUCGAGCAUCGCCUCAACAUCAACCUCAGCGCUGUCCAGCUGUUGUGGUCCGUCGCCGACUACGUCGUCUCCAGAGAGACGGGGGAGAGCAAGAACGACGAUCUGCUUUGGUGCACGCUGUUGCUACAGCUGUACGACGGCUGCCUUGACGUGCGCCCCGAGGUGCGGCAGAGUGCCCUUAAGACCCUCUUUUCGCUGCUGCAGACGUACGGCGGACGCCUCUCCGCGGAGUGCUGGCGGUGUGUCUUACUCGCCGUCUUGGCACCACUGAUGGACGUCGCGCUGCAGGCUGCCACGACCUGUGCGGCGGCUGCGGACGCCCCCGCCGCACCGAGUGCCCCGCGCUCCCGCCGCUGCUCUGUGAUGUCGCAGCACCUACGGCGCAGGUCCUCCGAGACGGGCUCCACGUCGCUCAGUGAGUCUGGGUCCGCUCAGUACGGUGGAUACACCAGUGAAGAGGAAUGGUGCAUUUCCAGGCUCCUGACGCACCUUGGGAAGCAGCCCGCCCUUUUUGAGGACAUGCGUGUCACGAUAAUGGACGCGGUGUGUCGGGUGUUUGCGUCUCACUAUCAGGUGAUGCACGCCGUUCUGGUUUUGAACUGCACUGAUGCGCAGCGGCGCACGGACGGAGAGGUGCUGUUGCGUGAGACGCUCGCGCUCUUCAUUGAGCUCUGCGGUACGUCCCGGCUGGUGGCACGCAACACGAGUGGGGAAAACGCCGCUCUCUCCGCCGUACGCGCGUUGCAUGUCUUGAUGACCGCCCCCGACCCUGCCUUGUUGACGGAAACCGAGCUGGAGACUGCGUGGAUCGCGAUAGAGCAGCUUCUGCACGGCGGUGGCAGUACCUCGGCACGCGCGUGGCCGAAGCAGUGCACCGCGGCUGUGGUGGCCACCAUUGUCUCCUCUCUGGGCGAUGUCGUGGCGAUGCGGCUGGCGGGAAAUGCACAGCAGCCGCAUCGCCACGACACCGCGGCUGCGCCGGGGCCGCCGGCAACUGCCCCGGUAAGCGUGUCGCCGUCAUUUUUUGCGCAGUUGUGUCACGCCUUUACUCCCAGCCCCUCCGGCCUGAGUAGCAGCGGCAGCAGGGGGCGUCACGACUACUUCCCGCACUACAUGCGCCUCGUGCAGGAGUGCCUCUUCUCCCCUGCCGUCACGGAGUCCUACUUCUUCCCUGGCAGGGUGCAGUCGGCGGUCAUUGGGGUCUGGAAGAUGCUCUGGCCAGCGCUAAGUGCGCAUGAGCGGGGCGCCGUCGUGAACGUUGCGCUGCAGCUGUUCCCAACGCGAGUCGCGGUAAUGUCGUUUGUCACGCAACGCGUAACGCCGCGCGGUAAAAAACGAGCGUCGACGACAGAAACCCGAGCCGUGGCGGUAACAAUAACGGAGCCCGCGGCCCCGCAAGAAGCAGAACCACUCGCGCGUCAACUCUCCUUGUCCGAGUCACUUCCGCCCGGAUCUCACCCCAGUUUUCUCCUGGCGCUGCUGGAAUUCCUUCGCGCCGUCGCCGGUGAGGAGGCGGUGGAGGCGCCGCAGCAGCAGGGGGCGUUCCACUCCAGUACGGCACCCGCCGUGCUGCGAGCGGCGGGUGUGUUGCUGCUGCUUGAGUAUGCCUCGCCCGCGUCGCUGGCAGUGGCCGGUCCAGGGGUGCCGUUCCACAUCCCACCCGACUUCUUUGACAGGGUGGAACGAUGCCUCACCUCUUUUCUUGGGGACCUCCUCUGCGGUGAGGCCUCAAACCCCGCGUCCACACCACAACAGGCAGCGUCAACAGAAGCAGCAGCAGCAACGAUGCGACCACUGGCGGUGCAUGGCCGUUCUGACGCCUCUUCGGCGCCCCGUCGUGAGAGGCUGUUGGCGUUCGCCUCCGUCUUCUCGUCGCUGGUCGCCGUUGCCGACGCGCAGCUCGGCGCCACCGUCGGGACAGGGCCGCAAGGGGUUUCCUCGUACAACGAAGCCCCUGAACACCUGCGCGGGGCGCUGCAGCGCCUUGAGAGGUUUGUGCUGCUGCUAAGCGAGCUGCUUUCCACCGUCAUUCGCCGCUCUGGGGAUAUGGCCUCCGCGACGGAGCUGCUCGCGGCGCUUGUGCCCGCCUCGUCACUGGAGUCCCCGCCGCUGGCCGCCGUCGCGAAGUGCAGCUUGGACGUGCUGCGCCGCUGGUCGUUGUCUCCCGCCUCCUCCUCCUCGCCGUCGUCGUCGUCGACGCUGCUGCUGCCGCCGCCGUCGUCGUUGUCGUCGCUGUCGCGCACGGAGGAGGAUUGCGCGGCAUCGGCGUCAGCGGUGGCGGCAGCAGUGGCCGGUGACGCUGACGCUGACGACGCCGCGCUGGAGGGGGAGAAGUUGAGUGGUCGGCUGAAGCGACUGGCACGGGCGUCGAUGGGCGCCCGCAACCGGGCGGUGCUGCGCAGGUUCCUCGCCCACCCCGCCAACGAGGAGCUGCGGCAGAUGAUGAAGACGACGCUGCGGACCAUUAUUCUGCUGUACCCGCCCGGCCCCGCGCCCCAGCAGCCGCCGUCAGGGCGGCACUCGCCCGGGACAACUCCAGCACGCAGGGGCCACCACGCAGCGUCUGCCGAGGACACGGAGGAGGGGGAAAGGGAAUUGCUGCAGGGCGAUCUGGUGGAACUGGCCCGCCUUGUCGAGCUCACCGGCGAGGAUGGGGAGUUUCGCUCUUUGCUGUCAAGAGCCAUGUUGGGCAUUUGUGCCUCCCUCGGCUUUUCUUCUUCGACCUAG